AUGGACCUGAAAACUAGGCUGCGCAAGGCCUGCGAUGCCUGCAGUAUACGAAAAGUGAAGUGUGAUACCGGCGGGCCGCCUUGUCGGUCAUGCGCUAGCUUGGAGAUUCCCUGCACCUACGAGAGACCCAGCAGACGCCGUGGGCCUCCUAACCGCCAUGCAGAGGCGCUUAAGAAACAGAAGCGGGAACCUCUGCUUGACGAUGAGGCAUCCCGGUGUCUCGACGUUGCUAUCCAAGCCCGAGGUGCCGGAUAUCUCGACCGCAACGCCACAGUAUAUGAUGCGGCAAUCAGCUAUUUCCUCGCCGUCGGUGCUGGCUAUAUCUAUAACAUGCGUCGUUGCCGCGUCUAUCUCUCGGAAUGCCGAGCCAUGCUCUCAGUAUAUGAUCUAUGCCGGUCUCCGCCAGCCACCACCCGAUCAUCAACACUGGGAGCCAACGGCCCACUAUCAUCGGUCUCAAUGAUGCAAGAUCAACCCGUUCAUAGUUUCAUGGACACCCAAGGUGUCGAUCUCAUCACCCAGGAGCUCGGCCGACGUCUGUUCUAUGUCACCCUUGUUGGGUAUCAGACAUUGCACCAAAUGGGGUCUGCUGAUAUCAAGGUCCACGUCCCUCCAGAGACUCCCACAGACCGGUACCCGCCACUGCCGAUGGAAAUUGAUGACGAGUUUCUGUUCCCAACACACGUUGAGCCGCAGCCAUCGAGUCGCGUUUCACGAUUAGUCGGAUUCAAUGCAAAUGUCCGUGUCUAUAGUUCAUACACGGACCUGCUAUCUUGGGAGAUAGCAUUUGGCAGUGGUCAAAUCUUCGACUGGGAGCAUCAACGUACCAGCCUUUGGGGCUGUCUUCGGAAAGCAAAGUCUGCAUUACUCAAUGUCCCCGUUGAGUUGUCGCUAGACCACCCGAAACAUUUAUCCCCAGCCCGCCUGUCUGGUCUCGGCGAAGACGGCACAGUGUUCAACUACUCAGAUGACCACAUCCAUCAAGAACGACGCGCCAUCCAGUAUGAGAUUCAAAAAGCCAACAUAUAUGCCAGUCAGCUGUGCACCAGGUCUUUCCUAGUUGAGAAGUACUGGAGCCUUUUUGAAACUUUUUCAAAAUAUGGAAUGUCGCCCAAGUUCACUGCACCAGGUGCCACAACGCCGCAGAUCAAGGUCGAAGGCACAUCAGAUAUGACGCAAGCUGCCGCUGGCACUACAACCACUCCAUCAGAAACCAACACCAACACUCAGGCCCAGGCCCACGCCCAAAACGACUAUAUCGGCCGCAUGAUGGCGGAAGAGCGUCAAUCAGUCAUUAAAGACCUCUUCGUACUAUUAAGAACAGUAAACGAAGUAAACAUGGAGCCAAACGGCGCAAGCAUCACAGGCAAAAUCCGCCAAGUAGCCUCAACCCUCCUAAACCUCUCCCCACGCACAAAACAAACCCCCUCAACCGAAAUCCCAAGUUUCACACCCCAUCCCCAACACCCCUUAGAACCAACCGCCCCAUCCCCAACACCCACGCCAGGCCUACCAGGUCUACACGUCCUCACCGCCGCAGAAGCAGAAUCCUACCUGCACGCCUUCAUUGAGACUCUUGUCCGACUGGAAUGUCAUUCUUCAAUGGCUGACUCGGCUAGUAAUGCCGAUGGACUUAGUCCGCAGGUUAAUGGUCGUGCUAUGAGUUAUCUUUCUGAUUAUCAGCGUGAUCAGGAAGAGCUUGGGCAGUGGGCUAGUCUAAAGGAGUAUCAGCAGAAGUUUGCUGAGGCUGGUGGUGUUUUGUGUCAGUUGUAA